GCAAUGGCUGUAGAUAGUUUAGAUAAAAGAUAAGGUGUGGCAUGUCUGAGAGAGAUUCUAGGCACUCGAUCAAAGAUAUUCUGGGUGAAGGAAACAUGGAUAGUCCGAUAGAAGAGACUGGUUUGGAGGCUACAGAGGAUGUUGGUGACGAUGAGAUUUCUAAAAGGAAGAAGAGACGUAAUCGAACUACUUUUACAAGUUUUCAAUUGGAAGAGAUGGAACGAAUUUUUCAAAAGACACAUUAUCCUGACGUUUACGCACGAGAACAACUCGCUAGCAGGUGUAAUCUUACUGAAGCAAGAGUUCAGGUCUGGUUUCAAAAUAGAAGAGCAAAGUGGAGAAAAAGAGAACGAUUUUCUCAGAUUCAGGUUAUGAGAAAUAUGGCAGCCGCAGCCGCUGCUGCAGUAGCCUCGGCACCAUCAUACCCAGAUAUGACGGCUCAAUCGACCCCCUGGUUAAGUUCUAGUUCCAAUAUAGAUACCCAGGCUCCAUUUAUUGCCGGUCUGCAGCAUAGUAAUCCGCUACAACAUAAUGCUGUUGCUCUACAACAUCAUUUUCUGGCAGAGGAGAACGAAAGGUCGUCGAAUUCUCUUGCAGCAUUGAGGAUGAAAGCACGAGAGCAUUCUACUCAACACAUAGUCUCGCCAGCUCAUUUAAAAUACCACCUGUGGCACCCGAAUAAGCUACAAGUUUAAAAUAUUUUGUAGAUAUACCAAGAAUUUGCUUCUAAAGGAGAAGCUAUGAAAUUAAGUAAGAAUUAUUAUUAAGCAUAAUAUAGCAGCUUUUCUGAAUUAUAUAAAUGUGUCACAUAUAUAUAUAUAUAUAUAAAUAUUACAUAAGACUUUUCUUAUUUCAUUACGGUAUAUAAAAACUUGGA